AUGAAGCUCAAGAUACCAAUCUUAUUAUAUUUAUCUAUAACCUUAGAUUCUGUUUUUGCACAAACUUGCUUCAAUGGAUACUUUGAACCAAAUAGUACUUUUGACCUAAACCGUCGUCAGGUCCUCUCUUCUCUUGCUUCUAAUGUCACGACUAACAAUGGGUUCUACAGCACCUCCAUCGGCGAAAAUCCUAACCAACUCUUCAUCAUUGGUAUGUGUAUACCUGGAACUAAACCAGAGACUUGUUCAGAUUGCAUCAAAGGUUCAACAGACGGCUUGUUACGUAGCUGUCCUAACCAAACAGUUGGUUAUGUAUGGCCAGAUUGUUGUAUGGUACGUUAUUCUAACAUUUCCUUCUCUGGAUCACUCAUCCUUGAACCAUCUCAACCGGUGUCCGAUCCCACACCAAUCGACGUUGAUUUGAAACUGUUUGAUAGAGUAUGGGGAGAGGUAAUGUCCCGAACGAUAACUGCGAGCACUCAUGGAUCAUCAUCAUUUGGGCAUAAGUACUUUGCAGCUGAGGUUGCUUCAUUGACAGCUUCCAAAACUAUAUACGCGAUGAUGCAAUGUACACCUGAUGUUUCUUCAGGGGAUUGUGAGCUUUGUCUGAAGAAAACUGUUGUUGAUUACAAGAAAUGUUGUCGUGGUAACAGGGGUGGUGCUUUUGUAAGACCCUUUUGCUUUAUCCGGUGGGAUUUGUAUCCUUUUGCUGGAGCUUUUGAAAAUAUUACAUUGCCACCGCGACCAUCACCAAUACCUGGUAAAGAAAGAGUAAAAUCAUAUCACCAAUGA